AUGAGUAGUCGAACCGGAUUUAUGAAGUCUCUGAGAAAUCAAAGUCGAAUUGAUUUCACCAACCUUGACGAUGCACUCAAAUUGUUUGAUGAAAUAUCUCAAAUGCGACAUCUUCCUUCAAUUGUGCAUUUUACUCGAUUGUUAAUGGCCAUUGUGAGAAUGAAACACUACACCACUGCAAUUUCUUUACUUAAUCAAAUUGAAUCCUCAGGAAUGGUAGUGCCAAACGAAUAUACUCUGGGCAUCUUGAUGAAUUGUUACUGCCAUUUGAACCGGGUUGAUUUGGGUUUCUCUGUUCUAGGGAGGACUUUGAAGCUUGGUUAUGAAGUGGACUGUGUGAUGCUCAACACUUUAAUAAGGGGAUUCUGUAUCGAAGAUAAAAUAGGUCAAGCAGUAAACUUGUUUAAUGACAUGGGGACAAAAGGAUUUCAACCUAAUACAUUUACUUGUGGAACCAUUAUAAAUGGGUUUUGUAAAACGGGGAAUGCUAGGGCUGCAAUAGAAUUGGUUAAGAAGAUGGAAGAAAAAUUGGGAAACGAAUGGAUUUCACCGACUGUUGUCAUUUACAACUCCUUAAUCCACGGUCUAUGUAAUUCAAGCCAAUGGAAAGAGGCUACAAGGUUGUUGAAUGAAAUGGUGAAUAGAAAUAUCAAACCAGAUGUACAAACCUUCAACAUUUUGGUGGAUGCACUUUGCAAAAUUCAUCACGCAAAGAAGAUAUUUGAUUUGAUGGUUACUAGGGGUUGUGCCCCUAAUAUUCGUAGCUAUAACAUCUUGAUUAAUGGGUAUUGUAAGAAAAGAAAAAUGACUGAGGCUAUAAGACUUUUUCAUGAAACUUCUCAUAUGGGAUUGGUUCCUAAUACUGUUACUUAUACCACUCUUAUAGGUGGUUUUUGCCAUGCGGGAAAACCUUUACCCGUGCAACAACUUCUGAAUUAG